AUGAAUCCCACUUUAAUUGGUAGGAAUUACGCUGGGCCCCAGCUGAAAAAGCGUAGUGCUUAUCAAAUCCCUUCCAACGGCAUCGUUUUUUCAAAUGCAAUCUCGCCCCUUUUGGAUGCAAUUUUAAUAUCGUGGAUGGCCAGAUUUACCGCCGAAAAAGAACCAAAGUCUAGGCUAUGGAGUUUUCUUGCCAACAUUGUGCAGUUCUUUACAUUCUCUGCAGAAUCUCCUGUAAUUUUGUUUCCAGAAGAAUCCCACACAAACGGGCUUUCCAUCAUAAAAUGUUCCGAAAUCAAAGAGGAGGAUCUGGCUGGAAAAAGACUGUUCCUUAGGGAACCUGUGGAGGUUUCUGUCAAGAUACUUGACAUUGGCGGAACCAAGGAGAUCAAGGAAAAACAUCCAGAAAUGCACAUCUCAGAUGGCAUUGGCUCGAUGCUUGCGUCGCUUGGCAAAGUGCCAUACCUGCAACAGGCAUCAAAUGCCGCAAAAACCGAGUUUUUAAAAUGUUACUUGAAUAAAUUGUAA